UAUUGGCGGCAUUUUUGUAUUAUACGGCUAUUAACAUUGAUGAGUGGUUGCUCGAAUCCGAAAUUCCUAAUUUCAAGGCGUUGGUGUAUGUCUUUGGUGUUAUUAGCUUCUUAGCCGCGACUCAAGAUAUAGUUAUUGAUGGCUGGGCACUGACAAUGCUUAAAAAAAACAAUGUGGGUCAUGCGUCCACGUGCAACGGAACGGGUGUAGCAUUGGGUGUGCUUUUAGGUACUUUUUUUCCCGUUUUACUUACUUCUGGAGACUUUUGUAAUAAAUACUUAGGCACAACCCUCAGCACAGAAGGAAUUAUCACCAUGAAAGGAUUUUUGUGUUUUUGGAGCAUCACAAUAAUAUUUAUUACAAUAUUAAUUGUUAUAUUCAAAAGAGAAAAAGAUAACAGAUUAGAAGAGGAACAUGUUAAAAUUAAUGUUCUUCAAAGUUAUCAACUUCUUUGGAAAAUUUUAAAGCUGCCUAGUAUUCGUGUAUUGGCAGUUGCAUUAUUAACAAUGAAAAUGGGAUUUUCAGCAACCGAUGCUGUAUCAAACCUUAAACUAAUUGAUGCCGGUAUAUCUAAAGAUGACAUACUGAUAAUAACUACAUCGAUGUAUAUAGUUAAAAUGGUUGUCCCUCUCAUUGUAUCAAAAUAUACUUCAGGUACUAAACCGAUGAGUGCUUACAUGAAACUAAUGCCAAUCAGGUUACUUUGGAGCAUUCCUUUUGCUGUAUUAAUAUAUUACACGCCUCUUUUGAUCAAAAGUAAUGGUGUUAUAAAUGUACCAAUAUAUUAUUAUUUGAUAUUAGUAUUUAUUUACAUUGUACACGAGAUUUUGGCAUUUACUAUGUACAUUUUUACGCUUGGAUUUUUCUCUCGGAUAUGUGACUCGCGUUUUGGCGGUACAUACAUGACGAUGCUAUCCACAAUUGCCAGUUUUGGAUGGGUUUUAACAAACAGUUUGGCAUUGCGAAUGGUUGACGUGCUAACGUUUAGUAAAUGUUCAAAUGACGAUUUUAAUAACUGU